AUGGCCACGGCUGUCGUUCAUCCCAAAGCCCGAAAGCCCUGCUACAGCAUUAUGGACCAAAAGAAAUUCAGUCAAGCCAUCCAGAAAAGCAUACAAAAGACUCCGGGCGGCAGCAACCCAAAGAUCGGCUACAAAGCACCAGUCUCGCACGAGGACACACUGAAAGGGAUAUCAUUCUAUGCAACCUCUGGCUGUCACGGUGACGGUGGGGGUGCAGUUGUCGAUGUUCUUCGCUCCGACUUCACUGGAAAUGACAAGCUUUGUUCCACGAGCAAAAAUGUGAAGGGUGGAAGGGAUGAUCUGGAAGGCGAUGGAGCAAGUAUGAUCAUCGACGGCAACAUUGGCUCUCUUUGUCAGCUCCACUUCUACAAGAGCCUUGGCUGUGCGAACGACGACACAGACUGGCUGGGCUUUAUGAGUUCCACUGACCAGAUUUCUACGUGUGGAUCUGCUACCAACUCUGAUGGAAAGACAAUCACUGGCAUGCGCUCUUUCAAGUAUGUCUGUGCAGCUUCAAACUAA